CACCGGCAUUAAAGCAGUCAAAAUGAAAACCAGACUACACAGCCUGUACCUGGUCCUGACAUUAGCCUGGGCAACACAUGCGGAUGUAGACUCUGGUCCUGUAGUGACUCUGAAAGAGGGCAAAAUUCAGGGACAAUAUGUAAAGGUGAAAGGGUUGGACAGGGUGGUGGAGCAGUUUUUGGGGAUCCCUUAUGCUCAGCCUCCUGUGGGUCCAUUACGUCUGAUGCCGCCAAAGCCCCUCGAAGCUUGGGAGGGCGUCAAAGACGGCACGCAGCUCCCAAACAUGUGUAUUCAAGACAAAGCUAUUGUGGAAAAUGUAGCUGAGACCUUGGGUGUUGAACACCCAGUGACCGAGGUGUCAGAGGACUGCCUGUACCUAAAUGUCUUCGCACCUUCUAAACAAACAGCUGCAGAGAAAUUACCUGUCAUGUUCUGGAUACACGGCGGUGGCCUGUAUAUGGGAGCAUCCAACGAGUAUGACGGAUCAGUUCUGGCAGCGUAUGAGAACAUAGUUGUGGUCGUCAUACAGUAUCGCCUUGGGAUCUUGGGCUACUUGAGCACUGGAGAUAAACACGCCCAGGGAAACUGGGGCUUCCUGGACCAGCUAGCCGCUCUUAAGUGGGUACAGGAGAAUAUUGAGAGUUUUGGAGGUGACCCAAAUUCUGUCACCAUUGCUGGAGAAUCUGCAGGGGCAAUCAGCGCGUCCAUGCUGACGUUGUCACCCUUGGCCAAAGGGUUGUUUCACAGAGCCAUCUUCCAGAGCGGGGCGGCGACCUUAGGAGCAUACUCCACCAAACAGCCUAUGGUGUUCGCUAAGAUGGUGGCCAAUGUGACUGAAUGUGAUCCUGAUGACACAGAACAGCUAAUCAAAUGUAUACGAGAGAAGACCUCAGAGGAAAUACUGAACGCAACCAAUAAGAUUUCUCCUCAGCAAAAAAUCUUCAUCGGGGCAACAGUCGAUGGUGAAUUUCUGAAAGAUUUGGCCGAAGACAUUUUGAAAAGCAAGGACUUCCUGAAAGUACCAGUGCUUGUGGGUGUGACAAACCAUGAAUUUGGUUGGAUUCUCCCAAUGGAGUUCGCUCCCAAAGGAUGGGAAAAAGGGAUGGAGAGACCAGACAUACUGAAAAUGGUGCAGCGGUUUUUCCCUUUUAAAGCUUCAGGAGAGAAUGAACUCAUUGUGGACGAGUAUCUCAAAGAUGCUAAAACUCCAGAGGAAAGACGUGAUGCUUUCACCGAAAUAUUGGGUGACAUGUUCAUGGUGCUUCCUGUCCUCAAAGUAGCCAGAUAUCACCGAGAUGCUGGAGUACCAGUCUACCUGUAUGAGUUUCAACAUCGACCAAGCAUAUAUAAAGAUAGUAGACCCAGCUUUGUAAAAGCUGACCAUGCUGAUGAAGUGGGCUUUGUCUUUGGUGCCUGCUUUUGGAAUGGAUAUCUUAAAGUCAAAGGCAAUGUCACUGAGGAAGAAAAACAGUUAUGCAAGACGGUGAUGAGAUAUUGGGGCAACUUUAUCCGCACAGGUUCACCUAAUGGGGAGGGUGUUAUGGAGUGGCCCCGUUUUGACCAGUCUAAUAAAUACAUGAUGCUGAAUGUACAGCCAAGCGAAGGAACGGAUCUGAAGAUUGAAAGACUAAAAUUUUUCGAUGAAAUCCUGCCCACGAAGGUCGAAGAUCAGAAGAAAUCUUCAUGAUUAGCACAAUGUCAAUAAAACGUCCUUACGCCUAAUUAUAAAUAGAGCUGAUGAGUCAAA